CUGGCCAUUCUCCUUGGAUCACCGCACUCCUGGAAAGUUUACAGUUACAGAAUAAGGUGAAUAAUCAGAAUUUUUUUUCUCUACAGACGCUCUCAUAUUUCCACAUGUGUUUUCAGACAGAAAGGAUUAAAAUCCUAUUUGUGUGUGCAAACAAAUAAAUAUGCAUGUCUCACUGUGCGUGUCUGCAGUACUUGGGAGCGGUGGACCGUGGCAGGCAGCACAGCCAGUUUCACAGAGAACAUUUCUGACAGGACAGCACAGUGCAUAUGGAAAAAAUUAGCAGAACUGAAUUUUAACAGGAAGCGCUAAAAAGCUGUUUUCUCUUUUUUUUUUUUUUUUUCUUUUUAAAAUUUUGCCCUUUAAAGAUAAAAGGAAACAAGUUCAGCUGUUGGGUUUACAAUUUAAAAUGUUGAUUUUACAGUGUUCUGCCUUUAAGAGAAUUCAAGCAAUUCCUAUUCAAAUUCAAACACCACCGUUUUGUGGCUGCGUGUGUUAUCGUAUAUAACCAUAAUGGGCUAAAGAAAUUAAAGAGGAGCUCUCUGUAUCCAUAUGGCAACUGCGAGAUUCCCUUGCAUUUCACAGGCACAGCCCCGUGGGAUUCCCGGUCAUGGGAAAGGCUUUACAAAGCUCCUGUUUCUCUUUCCCUUGCAGCAGGGGACGUGCCAUGGCAUAGCAUGCCUGCUCUUCACCCCACGUGCUAUGCCCUUCCCCAACAGCUCCGACCUCAGCCCGUCCUCCUUCGUCCUGGCCAGCAUCCCGGGGCUGGAGGCUGCCCAUUUCUGGAUGGCGAUCCUGCUGUGCUCCAUGUACGUCCUGGCGGUCGCAGGCAACUGCGCGGUGCUGCUCAUUGUGAAGACGGAGCCCAGCCUGCAUGCUCCCAUGUACUUCUUCCUCUGCAUGCUGGCUGCCAUCGACCUGGCCUUGUCCACGUCCACGGUGCCACGCAUUCUCUCCUUCUACUGGUUCAACACCAGGGAGAUCAGCUUCGGCGCUUGCCUUGUCCAGAUGUUCCUCAUCCACACCCUCUCAGCCAUCGAGUCCACUGUCCUCCUGGCCAUGGCCGUGGACCGGUAUGUGGCCAUCUGCCACCCGCUGAGACACGCUGCCAUCCUCACCAACACUGCGACAGUGAAAAUAGGGCUGGCAGCCUUGGCCAGGGGAGUUCUCUUCUUCCUGCCUUUGCCUUUGCUCCUCCUGCCCCUUCCCUUCUGCAGCUCGCGGGUGCUGUCACACUCCUUCUGCCUGCACCAGGACGUGAUGAACCUGGCCUGCGCCAACACCACCCCCAGCAUGGUGUACGGCCUCACCGCCAUCCUGCUGGUCAUGGGGCUGGACGCCGUCCUCAUCUGCCUCUCCUACAUCCUCAUCCUCAAGGCUGUCUUGCGGCUGGCAUUGUGGAAGGAGAGGCUCAAGGUGUUCAGCACCUGCAUUGCCCACAUCUGUGUGGUCCUGGCCUUCUACGUGCCCCUGAUCGGGCUGUCCGUGGUGCACAGAUUUGGGAAGGGCCUGGCUCCACUGGUCCACAUCACCAUGGGGAACAUCUACAUCCUGGUGCCUGCUGUGCUCAACCCCAUCAUCUAUGGGGUGAGGACCAGACAGAUACAGAGGAGGAUCCUGAAAUUAAUUAACAUAUACAACAACAGAACUUUCCAGUGACCUGUCUAGGCUGCUGUCUCCCGUAUCCUCAGACCAGCUCAUCUUGUUUCACACUUUGGUACAGGGCACCUAGCACAUGGCAGGAGACUCUGAGGUGCUACCACAAGGCAAAAAGUAAACAGCAAUUGUAAACGCCUCCCAAGAGUGUUUACCCUCACCAAACUUGGAGAGAAUCUACUUCCAUGAUCUAAACCCAACCCUGACCCAGCAGGUAGCCAAGGGGAAGGAAAAGUGGCUCAGUAAACUGAUAAAGGUGCCUUGACGUUGCACUUCUUUGUUCCCACCUCACCCGUAACAAUGGCAGAACUGAGUGAAUGCUACGGUGGUUUUUGAAUGAUUUAGUUCACUCAGCGUUUCUGCUUGUGGCAUGGUCACUUUCCAAAACCAUUGUAGCAGAAGUUUUGCCAGAAACUUUGGCUGUAGCAACAAUCUCUAAGUAAAAUAAUUACAGCAAGUGACAUUAUAGAUGCAGAAAUGCACUUCAGAAGAAGCCCUCCACCUCUGUGGCCGCGUUCUGAUGUUCAGUCAAGACACCUCAGCCUCCUUGUAGCAAAUGCUCUGGAAAAAUUUCAGACUCAGAGUUAUUGGUAGCAAUCAUAAAAAUUAUUUCAAUUAAUAAUUAUAUUCAAUAAAAUGACAACAUCUCAAGAGAAAAAAAAAAAAGCAAGUUAUAAAUGUUAGUGAUACUUCCAAGCUGAAGUAAGUGCUAUUUCCAAGUCAAAGGUGUUUCAUACCUCUGAAUUCACACCUGCUUGGUAUUCGAAGAAGUUAUAAAUUAAGUUCAAGGUCUUCAGCUUUCAAGCUUUUUUUAUACUUCCUAGGUAUUCCCCAUGAAACAGAGCACGUGACAGCCUUUCCUUAAUUUAUUCUCAUGACUCUACCGGUGGGACACUACAGCAAAACUCUUCUAGUACAAUGAAAGCCGACAAGUCUUAGGCCCAAUGAAGGUCUGAAAGCAAACUGCAUUCAUCACAGAACCACAGAGUGGCCGAGGUUGGAGGCACCUCUGAAGGCCACCUUGUCCAACCCCCCCUGCUCAAGCAGGGCCAGCUAGAGCCAGUUGCCUAGGGCUGUGUCCAGACAGAUUUUUGAAUAUCUCUAAGGACGGAGACUCCACUUCAUAUUUUGGAAAAAGGUUAAAGAUCCUGGGAAAGGAUGUUGUACAGUAGGAUUUUACAAAGAAACAUGCAGGUUUGAAGAGCGUUCACUCCUGUUUUUUUGCCUAAUGUUCUUUGUCUGUUUAAAAAUAAACAUGUUUCUUUAUAAAUAGAAAGGAAAAAUCAAUCUCUUCUUUUCCCUCUCAGUUUAAACUCUUACCUUGCUGGUUAUCAUUAAUUGUGGCCUUCCUCCCUGAGGUGAUUGCAUUGCCAUGCACAGGGACGUGUUUGCUGUUCCCCCUGCAACAGCCCCGGGGAUUCCUCCAGGGAGAGGUGCCGGGGGGUGCGAGCUCUAACUUGAACACACCGGCCUGCCCUACACAAGGGAGUUGUGCACAAAGCCUUGCACAGAUCACUAGAGCAGCCCCAGGUACGAUUAAGAAGGACGAUCUAUCCUCCAUCAGGUGG